UCCUCACCAUGCUCGGCUACUCAACCUGUUGACUGAAGGACAAACUUACAGAAGUCAACAAAACCUGCUGAUCUAAAGGCUCACAUGCGCAGAAACGCGCAGUGACGGCGCGCGCGCAUUGGAUUAAACGUUUUUCUUUCCUUGUUCUUGAUGAAUAAGGAUCCAACGGGAAGCAUGUAAGGAUGCAAACCUUAAAGAAACUCCACGUAAACUGCAGUAUAGUGCAGGGGGUGCUAUGAGUGUCCAGAGCUGUGCGGUGAUAUAUGGCAAAUUACGCAUGGCGCGUGCUGGAGAGUCUUCAUGUUCAGGUGUCUUUAUUGAUCACCAGAGAUCCACUGACCUCCUCUCUUGAUGUGACAUGCUCGAGAAUCUCUUCUACCCGCGGUGAAAUAACGUGAACGCGUGUUUUAUAGAUGAAACUCCGUGCGCAAUGAACGCGCUGCUCGUGCUGUGCGCGCUCAUGGGCUGCUGGAGAUGCGCACUGAGCAACAGAUACUGUCGCGAUCUGAUGAUUGACAGCUGUCACUGCACCUCCGAGAGAUCAAAGGGAUUUGAUAGACAGAGUUUGCGCAUCAAGGUAGUGUGUGACGAUGCGGACCUGGUGGAAACCAUGCCGCCCAGCUCUUUACCCAACAGCACGGUGUCACUAAUCCUGAGCAACAAUAAGAUCUCAGUGGUGAGAAAUCACUCGUUCAGCGGCCUAAGAGCUCUGGAGAAACUAGAUCUCAGCAGUAAUCUCAUCAGCAGGAUCGCCUCCGCUGCCUUUCACGGCCUGACUGCUCUUAAGAGACUGGAUCUCUCCAACAACAGGAUUGGCUGUUUCUCCUCUGAUAUGUUUCUCGACCUUGGCCGCCUCUCAAAACUGAAUUUGUCUGGGAAUAUUUUUUCCACGCUGCCGGAGGAUCUGUUCACACACUUGCCUUCUCUGAGAGUUCUACACUUCAGCACAGAUGAUCUGUUUUGUGACUGUCAGCUGGAGUGGUUGUUGUUGUGGGUCAGAAGCCGGUCAGUGCGUGUGGGGAAUGAAACUGUGUGUGUGUAUCCCGCUCGUCUUCAUGGUCUGGAGUUCAGCUGUCUACAGGAACAUCAGCUCACCUGUGCCGGACCUCUGGAGCUCCCCGUCCUGCAGCUCAUCCCGACUCAGAGACAGCUGGUGUUCCGCGGUGACCGUCUGCCCCUGCAGUGCACGGCCUCGUAUCUUCACCCCUCUGUCCAACUCACAUGGGUCCACGAUCAUCAUCCCGUUCACACGCUGGAGGAGAGGGGCGUGCACGUGGAGGAAAGCAUCAUUCACGACUGCUGCCUCGUUACCAGCGAGCUCAUCUUGUUCAACAUUGAUGUCAGUGUUUCCGGUAAUUGGCAGUGUCACGUGACCAGUUCCCACGGCAACAGCUCAAUCGGCAUGGAGAUCGUGGUUCUGGAGACGUCUGCUGUGUACUGCUCGGCCGAGAGGAUCAGCACUAACAAGGGAGACUUCAGGUGGCCGAAGACGUUAGCUGGAUUCAUGGCCUUCCUUCCAUGUGGAGUACCCAGCUAUAGCUCCGCCCCUCAGGAGAAGAGGGCGUGGCGCAGGUGUGACCGCACGGGCCAUUGGACAGAGCACGAUUACAACCAGUGUUCCUACGCCAGCGAGUUAACACGCAGCCUACAUCAACUCACACAGAUACCAGUGAACGUUUCAAACGCUCUGACUAUAGCGCAGCAGAUCUGCUCUGUCACCAGAAGGGCGGCGCUCUUUGGAGAUAUGAUGGAUGUCAUAUUUGUCACACACCUCGUAGAAAGAAUCACACGUCUGGUGGAUCAUCUCAGAGAGUUGAGCGAUCACGUGUUGGACAUCGCCAGUAACAUGAUGCGGGUGGAUGAACACGUCCUGUGGAUGGCUCAGAAUGAAGCUCGCGCCUGCACACGUAUGGUUCAGUGUGUGGAACGGCUCGCUGAUGUCACGCUCAACACAAACACAUCGCUCAUGUCAAAGGUCUCACCAAACAUUGCCCUAGAGGCUUUUAUGAUCCGACCGGCUGGUGUCAUGGGUUUAUUGUGCACCGUGGUUCAGCGCUCGCCUCUAUCGCCCCCUGUGUCUGACAGCGAGGGUACAGGUGGGAUCGGGUCAGAACAGAACACUCUGUUAAACUUCAGAUGUCACACGGUCAACGUCUCAGGAUCACCCAUGACUCAGCUCAGUCAGAACACACUGGCCAUCGCCUCCAUUCAUUUGCCGCUGCCUGUGGAUAACUGCACCUGUAAACUGCAGCUCAUCGUCUUUCGCAAUGGCAAGCUCUUUCCGUGCACGGGCAAUUCUUCAAAUCUUGCGGAUGAUGGCAAGCGCAGAAGCGUUUCCACACCAGUUGCGUUUACCAAAUUAGAUGGGUGUAGCCCCGUGCAGCCCGUUACCGUCGCUCUCCGACACUUCUCGGUGGGUAUAGACCCCAUCGCAGCACACUGGGAUUUUGACCUGCUGGAUGGACACGGCGGCUGGAGGGCGGACGGGUGCCACAUAACGGGCUCCGGACACAACACGACCAGCGUCCGCUGCGCACAGCAGCACAGCAACAUCGCCGUGCUCAUGGAUCUGAAGAAGGUGUUGUCCUUCCCUCCGUACCCUGGAGAUUACCUGCACCCGGUGGUGUACGCCUGCACGGCCGUCAUGCUCCUCUGUCUGUUCGCCUCCAUCAUCACCUACAUAGUGCACCACAGCACAAUCCGGAUCAGUCAGAAAGGAUGGCACAUACUUCUGAAUUUCUGCUUCCACGCGGCUCUGACGUUCGCUGUGUUUGCUGGGGGCAUCAACAGAAUCAAGUAUCCCAUCAUCUGCCAGGCCGUGGGUGUGGUGCUGCAUUACUCUUCUCUGUCCAGUGUGCUCUGGUUGGGUGCGACCGCAUGCAACAUUUACCAGCAGGUGACAAAACAAGUGCAGCAGCCUCAGGACGGAGACGCUCCUCCCUCUCAACCCGCCAGAUCACCCAUGCUGAGGUUGUAUUUCGUGAGUGGAGGAGUUCCUGUCAUCAUCUGUGGAAUCACAGCGGCCAUCAGCAUUGAGAACUAUGGCAGCGGAGAGCAGACACCAGUUUGUUGGAUGGCGUGGGAGCCCAGUCUGGGUGCAUUCUACGGCCCCGUCGCCUUCAUUGUCCUGGUGAUCUGCGUUUAUUUCCUCUGCACCUUCAUCAAGCUACGAAAACAACCCGAGAGAAAGUAUGAGCUGAAAGUUGCUACCGAGGAACAGCAGCGAUUGGCUGACGUUCCACACUGUCACCACCAGGGGGAGCCGGACACCCCGGGAGAUGACGGCGGGCGCUGUCACGGGGGCUGUCCCGGACUCAUUAACCCCUCGCUGUUAGCCAAUGAGCACUCCUUCAAAGCCCAGCUGCGGAGCGCCGCCUUCACGCUCUUUCUGUUCACGGCCACGUGGACGUUCGGCGCUCUGGCCGUAUCGCAGGGUCACUUUCUGGAUAUGAUCUUCAGCUGUCUGUACGGGGCGUUUUCAGUCACGCUUGGCUUAUUCGUUCUCAUCCACCACUGCGCCAAACGCGACGACGUGUGGCACUGCUGGUGCGCCUGUUGCCCCGGGAGACGACCCAAGGCUUGCCAGGGUCACGGACACGUCCUCGGGCGACCCAAAGUCAACGUGAACGGUGAUGCCCACAUUCACUGCUGUACGGAUUCAGCGUGUCCGGGGAAAUCGGUUCUGAGCCGCCCGCGGUGCCACAGUGCCGCUGGACUCUGUAAACAGAGCGGACCGAAUCACGUCACCUGCCUGACGCCGGUCUCUCCGUGCUGUGGUGCCCUGCACACGCAACAGCUGCUGGAGGACGAGGCCGCGGCACACGUGCUGCUUCACGCCGACCCGGAGGGAUACCGGCAUGCCCUGCACAUCCAUCACUGUCUGAAGCCGCCCAGGACUAAAGCCAGACACCAGGGCAGGGAGUUGUCCUUUCGUAUCCCUGCCAACACGGAUGGAGGCAGCGCUCGCAGCUCCCGCACCAAUAGCCCGCAUGAGCCCUGCCAUCUGGGUCACGAAGGGCACCGCGUUUGUCACCGCGAGGCCCCCGUUUGCCACGCCGCGCUGUGCCAUCACCACAUCUGCUGUGCCAAAGAACAGCUUCUGGGUCCGAGCCUUUGCCAGGCCGAGACCGGCGCCUUCCUCUGCAGCUGCGGGAAGAUGGCGGAGGAUGAUGCAGCGACGGCCCGCAUAGAACUGCAUCCUCGCAGACAAUCCUUCCCUCAGAAUCUGCCCAACCAGAACGGCAUCCUGAAGGGAGGAGCGCACGAGGGACUUCUCUUCCCCGCUGACACCACCGGGAAUAUACGCACCGGACCCUGGAGAAAUGAAACUACCGUGUAGUUGACUGCAAUGACUCUAGGAAUAGAAAAUGGAACUUUUCAAGUGAUUUUUAGCACCGUCGCGACAGUGCUUGAGCUUUUCGAUGUACAUCAGCUUAAGACAGUUUGAGCACGCGCUCACUGGCCACGUGCACACUGGGUUACAGAUGCACUGAAGCGCUGAUUUCUCUUGGUUACAAAUGGAAACUAUGUGUCAUGACAUCAGAAUCAUGGAGAUUCACUUCAGCGCUGAAGCUCAGUGUGCACAAGGCUGGUGUGUAUGUACACGUAUCAUUGCAGUUAACACACAUUGUCACAGCGAGUGUGGGUGUGUGUGUGAAGGUUGAGUGUGUGCACUCAAUGUUUAUGUGCUGAAAGUAAGUAUUUCAAAGGAUUUGCCAUAUAUUUAUUUUUAUAGGCGUAUUUCACGGUCCCACAAAUGUCCAAAUCAUUUCUACAUAGUGAAAGGAAACAGAUAAUUCACCAGCAAUCUUACACAUCCGUGGCUGAACAUCAACGUCAAAUAAACUGUGAAACUAGACAAGACUUAGUAACACACAGGAAAAAGUCCUUCUUCUGUCUGACCUGCGUGUGAUGAAAACAAGCAAAACUCUGCUCUGAAAUCUAGCAAGCUGCCAACAUUUCUUCAUUGAUUCACAAAUAAGAAGAGGAAAAUGACUCGUGAAGUUACACGUUAUGACGCCAUUUUACUUUCUCCAUUUUUAUUUUAAAACAUUAAAAUCCAAAUGAUUUAAA